AUUUAAAGGUGAAAAUCACACAUUCAUAUAUCUCUCUCUCUCUCUUCAUAUCUCUCUCCCUCUCUCUCUCUCUCUCUUCAUAUCUUUCUCUCUCCUCUUUUCUCUCACAAAUACACAUAGGGUUUGUUGAAUCUUGAAAGUUGGUGCAUUGUAGAAGUAUAUAGAUACAAAAAUCUGUAUCUAUAGCCUAUAGGAGAUGAUGGUUGAUGGUGAUCAUGGCAUGAUGAAGGUUGACCUUAUAAAGUCAAAGAGGAAGCAUGUUGGAAGGAAUAAUUCACAACAAGAAAGAGAAAGAGAAGUUGUAAGGCAUGAAGUUGUGGAUUUGAGUAAAAUGUGUUUAGAUGUUCUUCCUUUAACUUAUAAUAUCAAUUUAGGGAUUAUCUACAAAUUGGAUAUUUCCAACAACAAUCUCCAGGUUAUUCCAGAGUCAUUAACAGCAAGGCUACUAAAUGUAGGGGUGUUGGAUGUACAUUCAAAUCAACUCAAAACACUCCCAAAUUCAAUUGGUUGUUUGUCAAAACUCAAGACCCUCAACAUUUCUGGAAAUCAUCUUCAGUCCCUCCCAAAAACCAUUGAAAAUUGUAAAGCAUUAGAAGACUUAAAUGCAAAUUUCAACCAGUUGACUAGUUUACCGGAUACUAUUGGUUUUGAACUCACCAAUUUGAAGAAACUAUCCGUCAAUUCAAACAAGUUGGCCUUUCUCCCAUCAUCCACUUCCCACUUGACCAAUCUCCGCCACCUUGACGCGCGUCUCAACCAACUUCGCUCCCUCCCUGAUGACCUCGAAAACCUAAUCAACCUCGAGAUCCUCAAUAUUAGCCAAAACUUUCGGUACCUUGACGCGUUACCCUACUCCUUAGGGGUCCUUUUCUCUCUUGUUGAAUUGGAUGUGAGUUACAACAAUAUUAAGUCAUUGCCUGAAUCCAUGGGUUGCUUGAGGAGACUCCGAAAGCUUAAUAUAGAAGGGAACCCUCUAAAGUCUCCACCACCGGAUGUCGUUGAGCUAGGGUUACAUAUGAUAAAAGAGUAUCUUAGUGAGAAGAUGAACGGGGCGCAUUCAGAUUCUCCAAAGAAGAGGUCUUGGUUUGGGAGACUAAGAAAAUAUGGCACAUUUGGUGGAGCACGCACGGUUCAAGAAGAGAGAGAAGGGUAUUCGAUGUCUAGUCAUCGGACCAUAGACGGACUCGCUUCUCCUAGAUACAUGGGCAUGUUCUCGCCUAAACGAAUUUUCUCUCCGAAAAAAUAUUUUACUAUGAAACUAUAAGUUAUUUUUAUCUUUGCUUUUCAACAUUUCAGUAAAAUCUUUUUAGUGUUGCAAGGCUUGUCUACUAGUGGUGAAACGAUGUAUAAUUUAUAUUUGUACAAAAUUGAGAAUCAUUUUCUGUAUUUCUUUUAAUAUCUUGUAUUUACAAAACAUGUACUUAUAAGGUGUGGAUAUUUCUUUUUGAUCG